CACAAAGCCAUACACAGUAAAACAAAGCUAUUAAUUACUUACCAAAAGAGACCCUCUUUUAAGAAAACAAUGGCAGUGAAUAAGGUAACAUUGGUUGCUUCAGUGAUGGCUUGCAUGCUCAUAACAUGCUCUUAUGCUGAAUCAACCUUGUCAUGUGACCAAAUCACUAUAUGGCUCACUCCAUGCAUACCUUAUGGAGUGUUAGGAGGGAACGUGUCAUCCUUGUGCUGCCAAGGUGUUUACUCUCUCAAUGCUGCAUAUAAGAGUGCUGAGGAUCGAAGAGGUGCAUGCCAAUGCAUUAAGGAUAGGGCGGCAUGCAUUCCUGGCAUUGACUACACGCGUGUCAAUCAAGUUGGUCCAAGAUGUGGCUCUAAGUGUCCCUUCAAAGUGUACCCUUCCACUAACUGCUCAGCGGUGCCGUAAGCAUUCAGCAAAGGGGGUGCAAUAUCAAGUCUAUGGGUCACUAGUACUAGUAGUGGUGUGGAAAGAUUAAUUAUACUAUGAGAAGUGAAGAAAUAUUAUACUUAAUUAGAAGGAAAUAAAGUGUAUGGAUUGUGUGUUACGAUCCAACGAUCGAAAGCCUUGAAGUAUAUCAACAAUAAAAGAUAUCCCUUCAAUUAAUUUAUCAUUUUCUCUGCAAGGCUGUAGUGAUAUAUGAAAGUGAAGUAUGAACAUCUAAUGAGUAUAAAUGCAAAAAAUAUAUAAUUAAGCGUAUGUAUACACAAUUUUUUUAAUUGA